AUGAGCACCUCUUCAUCGCCCAAACCAGCUCGCCGUCGGAGAGGCUCCUCCGUUGGAAACAUCAAUGUGGGGGACACAUCUGCUCCCGGAUUUUCGACGAUGAAGUUGACAGCCUCACAAAGGCAGAAACUGAACCAAAGAGUGAGAGCUUUGAGUGACGAAUCCAGGACCGAUGUUGCAAUCAUUCGCAAAAUGUUCGUCGCUUUUAAAGAGUUGUCAUUCAGACACACCUGGAUCAAUCCUCUCAUUAUUCUCUCGGUGUUUUACUUAGCUUUUUUUGGGACAAGCGAAGGAAACCCUGUUCAUGAGAACUUGAAGAAGCUCGUCAAGCCUUCAUAUCUUAUUGAAGGCACUGAUCAAUACGGCAAAGGUGUCAAUGAUUUUUAUUUCGUUGGCUUCUACGCUCUCUUCUUCACAUUCUUAAGAGAAUUUAUGAUGUGUGUGGUUUUGCGGCCUUUGGCUCGUAUAUUAGGAGUAACGAGACCACACAAAGUUAACAGGUUUAUGGAGCAGAGCUACGCCAUGUUUUAUUACGGCUUGUCGGGACCGUAUGGCCUUUACGUGAUGUCGAAAAUGCCACUAUGGUUCUUCGAAACCACCCCGCUUUAUGAAAACUAUCCCCAUAAGACGCAUGAUUGGCUUUUUAAGGUCUACUACCUUGGCCAGGCAGCCUUUUGGGUUCAACAAUCGGUGGUGUUGGUAUUGCAACUCGAAAAGCCAAGGAAGGAUUUUCACGAGCUCAUUCUUCACCACAUUAUUACUAUUGCACUUAUCUGGCUUUCCUAUCGCUUUCAUUUUACUUGGAUGGGCAUCGAGAUCUACGUCACAAUGGACGUCUCAGACUUCUUCUUGGCAACUUCAAAAACGUUAAACUAUCUAGACUCCAUUUUCACAGGACCUUUCCUCGUCGGAUUUGUCUUCGUCUGGGUUUAUCUUAGGCAUUACAUAAACCUCAAGAUUUUGUGGUCUGUGCUUACCGAAUUUAGAACAGUUGGGCCAUGGGAAUUGAAUUGGGACACACAGCAGUACAAGUGUUGGAUUUCACAGCCUAUUGUUUUCGGUUUAAUAUUUGCAUUGCAAAUUUUGAAUGCCUACUGGCUCUUUCUUAUAUUAAGAAUUUUGUAUCGCUAUGUUGUCGGAGGAGUGGCUGCUGAUGAAAGAAGCGAAUCUGAAGAUGAAGACGAUGAGGCCAAGCAAAAAGACAAAUCAGAAUAG